CCCCCUGAAAAGGUAUAUGCCUGGGCCCCCUCACUUACAGACAACAUUGUCAUUAUUAUGAUAUGUGGGCCCCCUGUGAUUCAUACCGACAUUUCCCCCGCGUUAGCUACGGCUCUGUGUGCUGACAUGUUAUGUUUGUGUGGCAUAGGUAAUCAAACACACUAUCUUGGCAUUUGACGUGCUGUUAGUCUAUUUGUUUUUGGCAGUUUAGUAGUCUUUCUAUACCUGCUUUGUUGCACAAGAAAGGACUUUAGUUCUUGAACACUCCACCCGUUUUCGUACGGCAUAAAUGUUGCGUCUGUCAAUCCGGUCGCAAUGGCAACCACAUCAUGUCGAUCAAGCAGUGUUCUGAGCUGUGGCUGUGAGUGGCCGAGUCUCAGUGUUGUCAUUAAUAGGAAGCCUUUACUGAGAUAUAAAUAGGUCUGAAAAGAAAUGCUUCAUAAAGGUAGGAAACCAACUGUUUGUUGAAAAGGAGAGCAUUUGUCUUUCAGUUCUACACUGAGUGAUUAUAUAUAUAUCCUUAACAAGCACAGCUGAUAACCAGCAAUAAACAUGUCCACAACCUCAGUCCUAACAGCUCAAACAAACUCCAGGGCUGUUUAACAUUACAAGAUAAGACCGUUGCUUUGUUAGUGUCAUUGCCUGUCAACUUUAUGACAUACAGGCUGUUGUGUAACAAGCCCAUGGGGUCAGAAUGUACCACAUUGUUGAGGCACAGUACUACAGGUAGGGAUCGCCGCUCGCAACAAACAGAUGGAAUGAGAAACAGUGAGCGGGCCCACAGAAGACUUUCCUUUUACCUGAUAUCUACCAAACAACAAUCCACUCCUCAUCUUUCUGGAUGACAAGGCUUUAGCAGGUUCAGAAUUUACCGGAAUCUGCCAACUCCCUGUGUUUUGAGUGAAAGCCUUUGUUUGGAAGUAGCCGCUACACUGACUGGCCGGUCACAGUGAUAUUGGAGCUGUGCAGCUAGUUGUUCACAGAGUGGCCUUUAGGCCUGGGACACAGCAGGAUGAAGAGACUGAACCCAGGUAGUGCCUCUGGCCACCACCACCGUGCCAUGGAAAUGGAGCUAAAUGAUGUGCUGGUAAACAAGCCAGUAGUUGAAUCUCAGAUCUCCAAGACGUCAGUGUCCAGCGCUGUGAGGGCCGCUGCCCAGUGGGCAAACUACACCGGCUGCCGCUGGAAGCGAGCCUGCCGACAGUACGUUAGGAGAAAACACACAGGUGAGUUCUUUGAGACCAUGUACAAAGGCUUGGCCUGGGAUGAGGACGUUGUAGACGGAAGACAAAAAAGCGUUAACCUCAAUAAAAGACUGCUGGACCAUUUCAGAGACCUGGCUGCUAGCGACCAGGACACGGAUGAGGUGAGGCCCGGAAAGGUGGACCUUCAGUACCUUAACGACGUGAUCGCAGACGGAGCCGACCCAAACUCGACAGACCGUUACGGACAAACCGUUUUGCAUGAGAUCUCGAGGGCAUGGAGCGUGGAUGUGAUGCGCUUCUUCCUGGAGAGGGGGGCGGACAUCCGGCGCCCAGACUGCUACGGGGUCACACCUCUGCAUGUCGCCGCGGCUCUGGACUAUGAGGAGAUGAUCCGCUUCCUACUGAAAAGGAAAGCUGACAUCGAUGCUAAGACCAACCUGGACAGACAGACUCCAUUGCACUACGCUGCUAAGAAUGACGCCGUGGGGGCUGUCAGGCUCCUGCUGCAGAACGGGGCAGACAUCUCAGCGCAGGACUACAAAAAGAGAACGCCUCUCCAACUGGCGGCCAACCUCGACCGGAGCGAGGCUGCACGGACGCUAAUGGAACUGGGGGCAGACGCUGGGGUGAAGGAUUCUGAUGGUCAACUCUGCAUCACCGCCAUGAUUGAUAAGAUGACGUCAGUGGCUCAUUUGGCUCUGAACCAGUUCCAUGUGACUGACCGGAUGACAAGGCAACAGUUCUACUACCUCCACCUGCUGGAGCCAGAGCCACCCUGCAAGCACAGCGCACCGGGAACGUGCCCACGAGAGAAUUGCGCCAGUGAACCUACUUCACCGUUGGAGUUCAUAGUUCACCAGGGGAAGCUGGAUCUUAUCAUGCAUCCCGUGGUUCUGAAGCUCAUCACUGUCAAGUGGAAACUAUACGGCAGGAUGGGGGCUUGGAUACUCCUUCUCCUCAACUUCCUGUUUAUCGUCUCUUGGACGACCGUGGCAAUCUCCGUGUCCGUCAUCCGAAAUGAAGAGCCUUAUGUUUUUCCUGAGGACUGGUGGCGUGUUUUCGGGGUGGUGGUGGCCCUGGGCUUGACUGUGGUCGAGGUGGGCCGCGAGGUGGCGGAGAUGAUCGGCUCCAGGACCAAGCUGAGGAGCUGGCAGAGGUGGUAUGAACGGCGCAUCAACGACGACCUGCGUUGCACUCACCCCAUGUGGCCUGAGGAGAAACAUUUCUUGGAAGAGCAAAUCAAGUUAAUCCGUCGCAUGAAGGGAAACUACUUGCAAGACCCCUGGAACAUCUUUGAUUGGCUCGUGUACAUUCUGCUUAUGGCAGUGUUCGGGAUCCAUGUGGCGGACAUCUUCUUGCUGUCAGGCACACUGCGAGACUACAGCCUGCGCCUCUUCGCUGUGGUCAUCAUCUUCCUUUGGCUCCGACUAAUGAAACAUGUUCGAGCCUUCAGGGUCAUGGGUCCAUUCAUUGUCAUGCUGGGUAACAUCGUCGGAGAUGUCCUACGCUUCCUUUUUCUGUAUGCUGAGAUCUUUAUCCCUUAUGCAUGUGCCUUCUGGAUUAUAUUUGGAGGGCAGGCCUCCAUACCCAGCAUGCGGACAGUGCCCCAGCUGCUCUACAGCCUGUACCGCAUCACCCUGGUUGAUGAGUAUGAGUUCAAUGCCAUGGUGGAGGUGGACUCCAUCAUGGCCCACUUCCUCUGCGGCACCUUCCUGGCUUUGUCCUCCAUUCUGUGUGUCAACUUGAUGAUCGCCCUCCUCUCAGACACCUUCCAAAGGGUGUAUGACAAUGCAUUGGCCAAUGCUGUGAUGCAGCAAGCGUCCAUUAUCCUGCAGGUGGAGGAAUCCAUGCCCCGCCUCUGCCGUUUCUAUGAUGACCAGCACAUACACCGCUUUUGUGCCCCGCUCGGUGAGUUCUACGAUGAUGACAUCAGAACGGAUCCCAAGCGGCACGCAGAGAUGAAGAUGAUCACCACUCAGAUCAAGGAGACCCUGGACGAGUUCCUGGAGAUCCAAAAAGAAGUGAAUCCCUCAGAACAAGUUGGACCUGAUGAUUCUGACAGAGGUUCAGGGGGAAGGCACUCUUCAUCUCAUGUUCAGGGGGAAAAUCUGAAGACUCUGCAGAGGCUCCAGAUGGACCAGAGCCAGGACCUUAGUAACCUGAGGGCAGACAUAAAGAACCUCCAAGCUCUUAUUCACCAACUGAUCCAGUCCCAGACCAGCUCAUGUGUGGGCUGUGAUGUGAAUGGAGCAGAAAGCACUGGGUCAGAGACCAUCAAAGCACCAACAUUCAGUCCUCCAGGUCCUCAACUCGCAGAUUCGUCGACACUGAAGAUUUUACCCAAAGAGACCACAUCUGUUACAGAUGAAGGACCCGAAAAAAGCAAUAGCAAAGCAUUAUAACAUUAGUUUUGUGGUAUAUUAUGACAUUAACAUGCAUUUACUUGCUUAUUUAAUCCAAGCCUAUUUAUUUGACUCAGUUGUCCCAGGGCGCCGUAUAGUCUUAUGCUUAUAUUUCUAUAUAUGGUUUUGAUUUUGGGAUAAUCAAGAGACACCCAGUUAUAAUUUAACUGAUCUGAUUAUGAUGCGAGCUGGCUUUCAAUGUGAAUACGCGAUGGUCUACUCAUGUCUGGUAGUCGAGUCUGUAUAGAUCCUUAACAUUAUUGUUGUACAGUGUAAAUAAAAUAUAUUG